CCCCGGGUUUAUGGGGGGCUCAAGGAGGGUUCGCGUCGAAACCGAGCGGAAAUCGGGAGAGGGGGGGAAAGGAGAGGGAGAUGCAGCGAGCCGCCGCUUCGCUGCUCCUCCGAACUCUGCGAUCGCGAGGGUUCUCCUCGUCGAGCUCCGACAAGAUCAUCGCCACUGUCCUCUUCGAGCGCCUUCCUGUCGUCAUCCCCAAGAUCGAUCCCGUCGUGUACGCCUUCCAAGAAUUCUCGUUUCGGUGGAGGCAGCAAUACCGGCGAAGGUACCCUGAUGAGGUCUUGGGAAGGGGCGAUGCCAGGGGAAAAGGUGACUACCAAAUUGAUUAUGUGCCUGCUCCACGAAUCACAGAAGCUGACAAAACCAAUGACCGGAGAUCAUUGCAGAGAGCACUAGAUAGAAGACUUUAUCUUCUCCUCAAUGGUAGCACAUAUGGAGCUCCUGACAAGAAACCUGUUUGGCAUUUCCCAGAAAAAGUAUAUGAAAAUGAAGAGACUCUGCGACUGUGUGCAGAAUCAGCAUUGAGAUCUGUACUUGGAGGACUUCAUCAUACGUAUUUUGUUGGCAAUGCUCCUAUGGCCCACAUGGCUGUAGAACCAAAAGAAGACUCGUCAGAUACUCCAUCCUUUAAGAGAUUCUUUUUCAAAUCACAAGUAAUUGGUACCAGCAAACUCCAUAUUGGAAAGUGUCAGGACUAUGUAUGGGUGACCAAGGAUGAAUUAAUGGACUACUUUCCAGAGCAAGCUGACUUUUUCAACAAGAUGAUUAUUAGUUAAAUGUUAUCUUGGAGCUGAUACAAAGUUUUUCUUUAAGUGGCAGUCAUCACUUUCCAUGGUCCCAUCUUGUUGGAGUAUAUCUAAUGUCUAAUUGUUGGUUUGUGCUUUGUGCUACGAAAAAAACGAGGAGGUUUCCUUAAAAUAGCUGUAAGCUGCUGUGACGUCUUUUCAAUGCAAAAAUUCAACCUUCCUAUCUGUUGGUUAAGAUGAUUGUACUUUUUUUCUGUCACAUAACCAGGACUGCAGAUGACAUCUGCAAACAAUUUUUUGAUGUUAGUCUUCCAUUUGCUGUAAUCUUUUAGUUGCUGUACACAAUUGUGUAUGUUUACCAUCCUUUUGCAGUUAGACAAUAAUUUUUUUUAAAAUUUAUGGAUC